AUGUUCUGGAUUUGUUCUACUUGAUUCGCCCCGCGGUGGCCUACUCGACCGCGCGAUGCUUUUAAUUUUUAUAUAUUUUUUAUUUUAAUUUCUUCUGAUACUUUCUCCAUGGAGUCUUCAUCGGUUACAAGGAAGAAUUUUGGAAAACUUCAGCAGAAAUCAACGCAAUAAGUUGCAACGUAUGAAGCGAUCUGCGGUUGAGAAGUCCUUUCGCGUCUUCCACCGGCCUGCGAGGACAGACUGAGGGGAAGAUUUGAGGUAAAAGUCUUCUGAGAUCCGGUUACAAGAUGACUUAAAUUGUUCAAGAUCUCCUUGCCCUCGUGUUCGAUUGAUCUGGAGAAAACUGGGCGGAGUUAAAUAAGAAGAUGCAGAGGCGUGGGUCCAACCACCGUCUCCCAGCGCUUCUGUUCCGCUCGCGAAUUUCAUACGUGAUGCUAGCUAUGGUGGCAACUAUGUCGGCCGUCUACGUCGCAGGCCGGUUGUGGCAAGAUGCGCAAAACAGGGUUUAUCUUAUUAAAGAACUGGAUGGGAGAACGGGGCAGGGGCACCCGGCUAUAUCAGUGGAUGAUACACUGAAGGUGGUGGCUUGCAGAAACCAGCAUAAGAGACUAGCGGCACUAGAGAUGGAACUGGCUGCAGCAAGGCAAGAAGGCUUUGCUGGAAGGUACAAUCCAGAGAUUAAUGGAAAUCACACUAGGAAGAGGCUGAUGGCUGUAAUUGGGAUUACUACAGGAUUCGGCCAGAAAAAUAACAGGGAUGCUAUUCGGAAGACAUGGCUUCCUACUGGCGUAGCUUUGAAAAAGCUGGAAAAAGAUAAAGGAAUUGUAAUACGAUUUGUGGUAGGAAAAAGUGCAAAUCGAGGAGAUAGCAUGGACAGAGAUAUUGAUGAGGAGAGCAAGCAGACAAAUGACUUCCUAAUCCUGGAUGAUCAUGUCGAAGCUUCUGAAGAACUCCCCAAAAAAACAAAAUUAUUUUUUGUUCAUGCUGCAGACAGGUGGGAUGCUGAGUUCUAUGCUAAGGUUAACGACAAUAUUUAUGUUAAUAUUGAUGGUUUUGGAGCAAUGCUUGCAUCUUAUGUGGACAAGCCUCGUGUUUAUAUUGGAUGUAUGAAGUCCGGUGAAGUUUUUUCUGAGUUGAGCCACAAAUGGUAUGAACCAGAAUGGUGGAAAUUUGGUGAUGGGAAAUCGUAUUUCCGCCAUGCGUCUGGUGAGAUUUUUGUCAUAUCUAGAGCUUUGGCCCAGUUUGUCUCUAUAAACAGAUCCAUUCUUCGGACAUAUGCUCAUGAUGAUGUUAGUGCUGGAUCAUGGUUUAUUGGGAUGGAUGUGAAGCAUAUCAAUGAAGUAAAACUCUGCUGUUCCACAUGGUCCACAGGAUCUGUAUGUGCAGCUGUGUGAAUGGUUUCUGAUUUACUGUGAGUUUCACUUGGUCACAUCACAGCACUAACAAUGGCAGAGCAGUUUCUGUAGCAUCUGGAAGGUAUUGGCUUUCACUGCUAAAUCUUCAUUCUCCUUAUAGCUUAUAGUUUUUUUUUUUUUUUCCUUCCUUUUUUUUUGUGGUAUAUUUAUUUAAGCAGAUUAGGUAGAAACACCAUCAUCAAAAUGUCACUAGGAUAGCUUUGCCACACCAUUCUUCCAUGUCCAACUAAUGAUGUCUUGGAAUUAUAAUAGAAAAAUCAUUGGUGUUUACUAGUUUUGUAAUGCAUUAAAUUUAUUUGUUGUUGUAAGUUGUGUUUAUUUUAAUGAGAUGGAGAAGAUGAGCUUUGUUUAA